AUGACCAAUCGGCAAAAAUUAUGCCGAAAGCUCUUAACGGUCAAAAGUUUUGAUUUCGACCAGUACAAUGCUAUUCAUUUGAAUCAAAAUAUGUACUAUCGAACAAUUAAAAAAGAAGUCUUUAUCUGGAUAGAUUCUGAAUUUAAGGAUAUAUAUGAGAUCGAUAGUGAUCGUACGUGGCUUGAACAAAAAGAAAAUAUAAUUACAAAAUUACUUCCACCGCUUUAUAAAAAAAAAAAAAGAGCUCAAGCGGCAAACUAUUUAAUAGAAAAUAAUGAUAAAUACAUUCGUAGAUACCCGAAGAAGAAGCUUGUACGAAUUUUUAAGGAAUCUGGUUAUCAUUCAGAGGAGUGGGAGGAAACCGAUUCUGAUGAAGAAAAUGAUAUAAUUGGUAAAGAAUCUGCUGUUAAAGAAAAGACAAUAUCAAUUCAUAUAUAUAAAACAUGGUGGCGUUCUUCUGCACUUCAGCAUUUAUUACAUGAUUGGAUUGAUCCGACCGUUGAAAAACUGAGGAAAAAACCUCGAAUUCUAAAAAUUAAAAGAGUUCAAAGAUGUAAAACAACAACAAGUAUGCCUCCAGUGGAUACACCAAAUUGGUGUCUGACUGAUGAGGUUCUUAAAAGAUUUAAUCGUUCAACAAAUGAAAUUCCAACAUAUGAUUAUAAUACUGAUCAAGAUGAAGAAAUUGACGAAUAUCAUAACGAUGAAUAUGAAAAUAAAAAAAUAAAAAAUAAAAAAAACAAAAAAAGCAAAAAAAGGGGGUUAUUCUUAUCAAUUGGCAUUUAUACAAAUUGAUUAAAAUAAAGUUGUAUGUAAGAUUAAUUUGAACAUUCAAUCCAAUUAAUUUUAAAAUAAAAUAUGUAUAUUUUU